AGAUUCCACAAUAAUCAUAUAAAUAUGGGUCCUCUCCCGGGCCUUGACCUGACCUUUUGCUAUAUUUUUCUGAGCAUAUGCUGCGGAAGCUCAUAAAUUGGCAAGCAACACAUCCUUCUUCGGCCUAACAAGUGAAAUUGAAAGAUAGAGGCCAUGCAAGCAAACGACCAAAACUCCACUGGCGACGGGAACAAUAUGCACAACACCUCAGCAAUCGCCGAUGAAUAUUCCAAGCAUUCUGAUGCCCUCCAUCAUGUUCGAACCGCAGGGAGCAUUGUGAUGUCUCCUGAGCUUUUUGAGAAGCUAUAUCUUUCACCUCAAAACGCUGUCAAGGGGGAUCUGCGCAAAACCCUUAGUAAUCCCACUCCAAUGGCACUUAUUGGCUUUGCCAUGAGUCUGACACCUCUGUCGUGUGAUCUCAUGGGAUGGCGAGGCGCUGGGGGAAAUGGAGCGGCUUCCACGGGCGUAUUCCUCUUCUUCGGUGGCUUGAUCAUGAUAAUUGGCGGAAUCCUGGAGUUCGUCCUAGGCAACACCUUUCCAUUCGUCGUCUUCUGCAGUUUUGGUGGCUUCUGGCUCACGUUUGGGGUGACGUUGAUACCGUUCUACAAUGCUUAUGGCGCAUACUCUACAACAGGCACCGCGGCAGAUGGUUUAAACACACAGGGAUUCAAUGCCAGCGUUGGUUUCUAUCUUCUCUUUUUUACUCUGCUCUGCUUCAUCUUCAUGGUGUGUUCACUUCGCACGAGUGUGGCAUUUGUUUCGGUGUUUUUCACCGCUACCGUAGCACUUGCGUGUCUUGUUGGAGUCUACUUCCAUGCCGCGAAGGGGAGUCCAGAGACUGCAAAGACUCUCACAGUGACUGCAGGAGCAUUUGCCUUUGUCGCCGGGUUGUCAGGGUGGUAUAUCAUCGCUGCACAAUUACUGGCUGCGGUAGACUUCCCUAUUCAGCUUCCUGUCGGGGACUUGAGCACCAUCAUCAAAGGCGCAAGCGAGUACACCAAUAAGAACGAGGAUUAAUGAGAGGGUGGCGCUUGGCGUGGGUUAUAGGGGAUCGAUCAAUGAGAUGGCAGUGUUUGACGUGG